CAGCCGGGUUCCCGGAUGAGGGGACGUUCUGCGGUAUAAAGGCGGCGGGGAAGGCGGGAGCCGCCGCAGUUUGAAUCGCCGGGCGGCGCAGGCGGUGGGGGAGCGGCGGCGGCGGUGGUGGGAGUCGCGCCCGGCUAUCAAGAAGGGGCGGAGCGAGACCUUUUUUUUUUUGUCUUUUUGCUCCUCUGCCCGCCGCGUGGGUUUCGAGUCGAAGAAAAAAAAAGAUGGCUGGCGGGAAGGCUGGCAAGGACUCGGGCAAGGCGAAGACAAAGGCGGUGUCCCGCUCGCAGCGGGCCGGGCUGCAGUUCCCCGUGGGCCGCAUCCACCGCCACCUGAAGUCGCGGACGACCAGCCAUGGGCGGGUGGGCGCCACCGCCGCCGUCUACAGCGCCGCCAUCCUCGAGUACCUCACCGCCGAGGUGCUGGAGCUGGCAGGGAACGCAUCCAAAGACCUGAAGGUGAAGCGCAUCACGCCGCGCCACUUGCAGCUCGCCAUCCGGGGAGACGAAGAGUUGGAUUCCCUCAUCAAGGCGACCAUCGCCGGCGGUGGUGUGAUUCCCCACAUUCACAAAUCUCUGAUUGGAAAGAAAGGACAACAGAAGACCGUCUAAAAGGACACCCGGAUUCUUUGUUCUCUCAGGACUCUAAAUGCUCUAACAACUGUCCAGUGUUGGUGAUUCCAGUGGACUGUAUCUCUGUGAAAAAAAACACAAUUCUGCCUUUUUGUAAUUCUAUCUGAGCAAGUUGGGAGUGUACUGAGCUUUCCAACCCACCAAAUUUCUGCAUUGAAGUCUUAACCAUAUUUAAGUGUUACUGUGGCUUCAAAGAAGCUAUUGAUUCUGAAGUAGUGGGUUUUGAUUGAGUUGACUUUAAAUCUGUUUGGAUUUUAAUUGUGAUGCAGAAGUUAUAGUAACAAGCAUUUGGUUUUGUACAGACUUUAGUUCCCCUCUGGCGGGUGAGUUCAAUAAAGGUCGUAUCCAAAACUA